AUGACAGACGAUGAUCUGGAGUCGAUUAUCGUCAGUGCUGGUUCGGCCUAUUCUGAUGGACGAUAUUUGGAAGCGCUGGACUUGUACGAGAAGGCGAUUGCUGCGAGACCUACGAAUGCAAUCCUCUUUGCUAACAGAGCAGCGAUUCUUCUUCGUCUCGAUCGGCUUCAGGAAGCUCUCGGCAGUGCCGAUCGCGCCAUCGAGCUCGAUUCCACGUGGGCCAAGCUUAAGAGUGAAGUCUACGGAGUAGGUGCACCCUGUGAGCCGCAAUCUGGACUUUUUAUUAUCGUUUAUUAA